AUGGGCAAAAAGCAGGUGAAAGAAGUAGAGGAAGAAAACUCGUCAGAAGAAGAAAAAGUUCACACUAAAGCAUCAAAAAAGAAAUUAAGCAAGGAUAAAAAGAAAAAGAAAGACGAAAGCUCAGAAGAAGAAAUAGAAGAAGUUGUCCCGAAAAAGAGCAAAAGAAAAUCAUCAACUGCUUCAUAUGAAAGUGAAGAAUCUCAGCCAAAGAAAAAAGCAAAAAAAGACAAGAAGAAAAAGGAUAAAAAGGAUAAAAAUGAUUCCGAGGAAAGCGAAGAGGAGAUUCCAGAAGAAAAGCCGAAGAAAAGCAAAGGAAAGUCAAAGAAAUCAAAAGAGCCAGAGUCUGAUGAAGAAGAUGAGGCUCCAAAAAAGAGAAAAGCUUCAGAUAGCUCAGAGCCAGCUCCAAGUAAAAAGCAUAAAAAAGAGGAAUCCAAAGCUGAUAUCGAAUCUGAUUUCCAGCAUAAAGUCAUAGUUUCAAACCUUCCACCAGAUUUUACUCAAAAAUCCCUUAAAAAGAUCUUUAAAAAGUGUGGGGAAUUCGCCUUCACAGUCCCACACGAGUCCCAAGGCUUCGCAGUCGUAAAAUUCAAGGACGAAUCAGACGUCAAAAAAGCUUUAAAACUAAACAAAGCCCUCUAUAAAGAAAAAGAGCUUCUAAUCAAUACCCCAGAUCAGCUGCCAGCAAUCCAGAAGCGAGUUGAGAAAAUUUCAACCAUUUUUGUGGGAAAUCUUAACCCAACCACCACCUAUGAACAAGUUUCCAGCUUCUUCUCAGGCUGUGGCAAAGUAAAAUCUGUCAGGAUGUCUACAGAUCCUGAAGGGAAAAACAAAGGGUUUUGCCAUGUAGAUUUCACUAAUUCCUUUGCCGCAAAUCUUUCGCUCAAUCUGAUUGGGAAAAAACUGAAUGGCAAACCUUUGAAAAUUGAUUUAAGUGCAGAUAAAAGAAAUAAUGAAGCAAAGCCAGCCCAGCCAAGUACUUAA